AUGCAACCUGAUCCCUUUAACUUUUCUGGAUACAACCUCUACGAUGACAACGCCAAUGAACUUACCAGAGUAUUUGAUGGUGCUGACUAUGGCUUCGCUCCGGCUUCCUUGGCUACUAGACACAUACCAAUAGUUCAAGGUCAACACACAUUUCCCAUGGACAAUUCUCUUGCUACCGGUUAUCCAAACACUGGUUCAACUACUGCAGCUACCAUGGACUUUGACUUUGUACAACCUGAUGAUUAUCUCAUGGCUGCUGACAAUGGAUCGAGUGCUCUGUCUGCUGCUGUUGACCUUCGUGCCGAUACCAAUGUUGCUCCCCUGCCGAAUUCCAAUGUUGGCUCUCACCCUACCAGUAGGGCUCAAUCUCGUACUGGUCCAAAGGCCCCGAUGGCUUAUAGUACUUCUCUGUUGAAGCUGCUGAGGAUCAUUGUGUUUACUAUGACGGAUCGCACAUGGAAACAAGCACUGUGUCUCCUCUUCAAGUUGUGA